GUGAUCCCGGAGGCGCAACAUCAUUCUCAUCAAACCUAACUCUUGAUCGUGCAAGCCUCUGCUGUGAUCGUCGACCAAUAUAACCAACGUCCAAAUCGUUUAAAUAUUGUGACGGAACCGUCAAGGAGCCCCAAGGAGAAGAGCGCCCACAAAAUCAAGGCUCGACAAAGACAGCCAUCAUGCAAGACAUCGAAGAGGCCACUGUCACCUUUCGCAAGUCCAACUUGAAGGCCAAGUGGUUGGCAAAGGAUCGCUUAUCACUGCUGCAACUAGCAGAAAAGUCUGGGUUGACUCCUGACUAUGGCUGUCGGUCGGGCGCCUGCGGCACUUGUGAAGUCAAGCUCUUGAAGGGAAAUAUCGACGGGAUCCUGGAGGGAGAUGAUGGCGUUCUCAUUUGCAGCUCAGUACCAGCAAGCAUCGAAGUCGAACUUGAACUGUGAAGCAGAGUAUUCGUCCCCAAACCCCCAGACUUGACAGAGGGCAAAGAUGAAGUCGCGGAAACGCAGCCUCAGUGGGAAUCGGCAAGAGCUACCCGAUCUUUGUAGAGAUCAGAGACAGAUAUCAAGCUUGGGGGCGUCAUGGUUGGUCCAUUGAUGGCCACACUGGUAUGAGGGCUCGGGGAACAGGCCUGCUGAUUGACAUGUGAAUUCGAAAGGCGAAGGUCGAUGGGCUUGGAGCUGACUGUCGAAGGACGCUGCAUCAUGAUCACGGCAUUGUGAUGCUUUUGAGGGCCAUUGCUGCAUGGGCGACAGGUGACAGACCAUUGUCGAGGACGUCCACCUCGGAACAGACGGGCGCAGACUGGCGCAGGCUGGAGCCUCUAUAUGGAAGAAUCUCAGCUUCCUCUUUCUUUC